AGGUCAUUUCCCGCAAUGUUGGCUGUGUGGCGAAGUUUGUGUGUCGGAUCUCGGGUCAUUCGACCCGAGUUGAGCCGGACAGUAUGGACUGGGCAGGGCAGUCUGAAGGACGAGGACCCGGAGAUGAAAGCCAUCAUGGACAAAGAGAAGCAUCGACAGACACAUGGCCUGGAGCUCAUAGCAUCUGAGAACUUUGCCAGCCGACCUGUUCUGGAAGCCCUGGGGUCAUGUCUCACCAACAAGUACUCAGAAGGCUACCCCGGUGCCAGGUACUAUGGAGGAAACAUUUUUAUCGAUGAGGUUGAAACUCUGUGUCAGAAGAGGGCGCUGGAAACAUUCCGUCUUGACCCUGAGAAGUGGGGAGUGAACGUCCAGCCCUACUCAGGGAGCCCGGCCAACUUCGCUGUGUUCACCGGGCUACUGAAGCCACACGACCGGAUCAUGGGGCUGGACCUGCCGGACGGAGGGCAUUUGACACAUGGCUUCAUGACUGAUCUGAAACGAGUGUCUGCAACGUCCAUCUUCUUCGAGUCUAUGCCUUACAAGAUCAAUCCAGAGACCGGCUACAUUGACUAUGAGCAGCUGAGCAUCACCUCCCGACUGUACCGUCCCCACCUCAUCAUUGCUGGCACCACAGCGUAUUCCCGUCUCCUUGACUACAAAACCUUCAGAGAGAUCUGUGAUCAGUGCAAUGCCUACAUGUUGGCGGACAUGUCCCACAUAUCAGGACUGGUUGCAGCAGACGUCAUACCAAGCCCCUUCGAGUAUGCAGAUGUCGUGUCAUCCACAACCCACAAGACACUGAGAGGGCCCAGGUCCGGCAUCAUCUUCUACCGGAAGGGGGUGAAGGGGGUGGACAAGAAGACGGGGAAGGAGAUACUCUGGGACUUGGACAAGCGGAUCAACGGGGCCGUGUUCCCAGCACUACAGGGAGGACCACACGAACAUCAGAUCGCUGGGGUUGCCAUCGCUCUCAAAGAGGCUCAUCUCCCGGAGUUCAGGGAAUACCAGGCACAGGUGCUGAAGAACGCCAAGGCCAUGAGUGAUGCCCUGAUGAAACAUGGCUAUAAAGUUGUGUCAGGGGGCACAGACAACCACUUAGUCCUGGUUGACCUCCGUCCCAAGGGCACAGAUGGUGCCCGCAUAGAGCGUGUUCUGGAAAUGUGCUACAUCACCGUCAACAAGAACACCUGUGCUGGGGACAAGAGCGCCAUGACCCCUGGGGGACUGCGUCUAGGUGCUCCAGCUCUGUCAACACGAGGUUUCAAGGAGGACGACUUCCGCACUGUCGUUGAGUUCCUUGACAGAGGCGUUCACAUCGGACUUGAGGCGCAGAAACAGACAAAAAAGUUGAAGGACUUCAAGGAAUUUUUGGUGAAGGAUUCUGCCACCGUAGAGAAAAUGCAAACACUGAAGUCGGAGGUGAACGACUUUGCCAAGACCUUUCCCAUGCCCGGGUUUGAUGACCGAUAACUCUCCUGGUGAUGAUAAGACACUUUCUGGAAGGCUCAUCAACAUUUGACGAUCAGGAAACUUAAGUGUUGAGGAUCUGGACGCGCUUAUCUUGCUGCAAAUCUCUAUUUUUGUACUCUGACAAUGGUGUGGAUGGUAAGAAUGUUUUAUGAUAGUUGUGGUUUGGGUUUCAGGAGAACAACAGAGAAACAAGCUAUAUGUCAAUCAAAACCAUGAAUUGUUAAGUGGUCCUCGUGAUUACGAUAAAUGACAGAUCUGAAAAAGUCCACAUAUUUUUAUUUCAGAAUAUCCUUGAUAAAGUUUAUCGUGUGUAUGCCUGUCAGCUUGUGAGUUAUGCCUGGUGAAGACUGUGAGCAUUACGACUGGUACAGACUAAAGCUUGUUGCUUCUGGCAGUGCUGCUUAUUGCUAGGCUGUAACCUCUGCAUGGCUGGCACCUUCACUCAUGUCUGUCGUUACAGACAAGAUGCUGGAACUCACAGAUGGCAGAUUUGUAGGAUAAAUUAGUGACAUUGUGACAGGAAGCUAGAUUAAUGUAAGAAAUAUGACAGCAAUAAGGACAUUGUUGGGUCCUGUGUUUUCCACUACAGAUUGAUGUAUACGUUUCUUAAAAAAAUGAGGACAAGAUGAUAUUUUACCCCACUACAGAUUGAUGUAUAAGUUUCUUCAAUGCAUGAGGACAAGAUGAUUUUUUAUGAUGCAGAGGUGACAAGACAUUUUGAUUUAGUUUUCACAUUAUUUGUUCAUGUCAAACACUUGAUUCAUUCUCUCAGGCUUGAUUGACUUAGUGAGGUAGUGUUUGUUGAGUUUAAUUAUAUCAAUAUGUAUUUCCAAGAACCCAAAGGUUCUUCCUUAAGGCAGAUUUUUGACAGAUACUGUCAGCUGGAGUUUUUAUGUCCAGCAUUAGCUGUGCAUGGGAGGGUUAAAUCCUUUUAGAGAUGUAUAACUUUCAGAAUUUCUGUGUCAUGAAACAUUCUCUAGGAUGAUUGAGGCCAUUGUGACUUUUGAUAAAUCUUUAAUCAUGAAGGUGUUUGUAAGCAUGAAGAUAACACAUGUCUAUCUCAAACAACCCUAAUAUUUUGUUGUUCCUGAUCUUUGUUACAUAGGUAGGUAUGACCCAGUCAUUUUGCAACAAAGUGCUAUACAGAGUUGCAUCCCUUGGACACACCAGGAACCUGUGAAUAUGGAUUCAAAAUCCCAGUUUCUUGUGAUUAUGUUGCUAGGUUUGUCAGCAUCAUGGCAGUGGGUUACACUUACGUGGAUAAUUCUGUGACCUACAUCACUUCGGGCUUUCCUCCCUUAUGAAGCUGACACGCUGUGAUAUACCUCGAAUACUGUUGAUAUGGCAUCACACCCAACUCGAUACUGGGACAAACUUCUUCAACAUCUUGACCAUCACUGGGUCAUGUGGUGUACCACUCACCCACAAUUCACAAAAUUGAUAAAGAUUUCAUAAUCUUUGAACAUCACCUACAUAUUUUAGGUAUUUCUCUGGAAACCAUUAAUGUUCUUGAUCAACAGUUCAAAUGUCUGUGAUUGAUAAGUACCUGGAAAUUCAGCAAACAGCGUUCCCUAUGUCCAAAACCCAAUCAAUCCUGAAGUGGUGAAAGUUUUCUGCAAAUGUUGUGUGCAGCAUUAUGAUUGCUCUUGUGUGCAGCCUAAUUAACACUGCCAGAUGGUAACACUG